UCUUAUUGUUCUUUACAAUGUGAAGCUUGUCCCUCCCUUGCCACGUUGGUGAUGGUCGAUAUUUAAUGGGAUCUUUUGUGGACCGGAUCCCCUUUGUCUCUGGUGGACCGAACUGUGCUCCUAGAGAGUGUCACUCAUAGUUCUGUUAAUCCCCGCUUGGCUUCGUUUUCACCUUUCACAGUUGGGCAACAGUGCACGACUUUCCCUACCGUCGCUCUUUCUUUCACGACCAACAGCACCAUCAAAGACGACGAAAUGCAGAAUUCCUUCAUCAUCAUCCGAGCCAUAUUUUUCACCCUCAUCCUCUAUUUUAAUUUGCUAGCAAUUAUCUUUGCAGGGUGGAAUAUCAUGUCCUCUACUUCCUCUGGGAUGCCAGUGCCUGGUGCAGCGGCAUUCCUCAUUGUAAACGCUGCCCUUAUCUUUUCUCUUACAAUGCUAGCAUAUUCGGCGGAGGUUAUAUGUCCCAAAGCGAGGCCUUCCCAUGUUAGAUUUGAGUGUGGCUGGACUGUACUGAUGGGUGUACUUCAACUAGCUGCCAGCAUUUAUGUCACAACUGCUAGUUCUCCAGUGUUGUGCCAAUCGCAAUCCACGUGGACUAUCUGUGCCUCUGCAGCAUUGCUUAUUCCGAUUAGCUGGUUGGCUACGUUCAUCAUGCUUGUGUAUUGUGUCACGUUAUGCGUAAUGGCAGCAACUCAUGUCCAUUUCAUGCCUGCCCUUUGGAAAAUGCCUGUGACCGCGGUUCCUUGGUUUAACCUCGCUGAUUCGAUACCUAUCUCUUUUCCCUCGCGCCCAUUGUCGGAUAUUUCAUUAUCCACCUGGGCUGAAAGCGGCAGUUCCUGCAAGGUCACCGAAUACAUUGCGGACACUUGGGAAAGGUUUCAUAGAGUUGACCGACGUGUCGUCGAACCCUCGAAGCCUAUUCUGUUUUCCCGCAAUCGUUCGUCUAUCGAUCCUGCUCGACCGGCGUGGGCGAAGCAAUUUGAACUUCAGACUAGGCGUGGUGUCGACCAACCUUUUUUGACACAACGCCUAUCGCCAUCCAGCAGCUCUCCGAAGGUACCCCUGCCACCUCCAAAAGCGUGUACUAGAGAGAUGUCGGGUCUGAGCGACUUCAAGUAUGCUGGGACAUUCACGAAUUUGGAGCUGGAUAAAAAUACAUCUUGCUCAACUUUGACGCCACGGACACCAACCAUUUUUCCCAAGAGGAUUGCAGAUCCUGAUCUGCCCAUCCCACGACCGCAACUAUCUGAGUGGAUACCCGCGGAUGCGGUCAAUGUUACUGAUAUUCAUGAACUCUGGCCCCAUAGAGGUGUUUUUUGAUUACCAUCCUUUGCAUUCCAUACUCAAUUGUAUUAUAUCCCUUAGCAUAUUUAGCUUUCAUUCGGACUUGGGUAUCACCAUGAAUGCUGUAUUAAAAU